AUGUUGGGAGGACUGCUUAUCCUCUGUCUUUCAUUCCUCGCUGCCUCAGCAGAAACUGGAAAGCACUGGGCUCUGAUUGUAGCUGGAUCCAAAGGAUGGUACAAUUACAGGCACCAGGUAAUCAUCAGAAUCGGCAAGCAAACAUCAUAUCACCUGCAAGGUUCACCUUAUUAUUUCGGCCUAAGAACAAAUGCGCAAAUAACGAUCAGAGUAUGACGCUUUUCAGUCUCUCCUGGCAUGAUGCAAGCAACAGCAAAUUAAAAUUACUGAAUGUAUCAACAUACUUUAUGCCUCAUAACUCACAAAAUGAAAGUAACGAGACAUAGAGAAUAUGGACACGCACUUCCUCUUUCGAAUGGAAGAUAUUUAGGAGUUAGGUUGCAAAGGUAACUGUACAACCACAAACUGUUUGAGAUAUAUUUUAUUUUCCUUCCUUUUUUUUUCUUUUUCUCUGUUUUCUUUAUUGAAGAACUACAUGCGUAAUACAGCAUGGGGUUACACUUUUUAGCUCUUUAUACAAGAUGGCUACAUGCUGUUCUUGACGGAAAUCUAGCCGAUAGGGUUUUCUUAUUACUGUACUCAGCGCACCAUGAGGUGUUAGGCAAUUUGAGGUAAAGGUCUGUGGUUAACUGGAAACCGAAAAUUAUUCUCAAAACUGCUUAAAAUAGUGUUGAAUCAGUUCUUGGAAUUAUUCAGCUAUGCCCUACAAUUUUUUGGUUUUUAUUUUCAUUAUCAUAUAAAUGUCUUGGUCGGUCCGUUGGGCAAAAAAAGAAGUCGAGAAAGAGGAAACGAUAUUGCUACUAACUGUUUUUAUAAUCCUUGUCUCUAAAUUAAAUGUAAAUCCAAGAAAAUUCGUUUUUUAUGAUCAGUCUAACAUUAAAGUCUUUUUCAACACGGACAAAGUGUGUAAUUCUGCGAACCCCACUUGGGUGGGGUUCGUGCAGAUGCAUGAGCGCUGUUACCUAGUAACGCGUGAUGUAUUUUACGUCACGUUCUAUUAGGAGUCUUAUUAGAUGGAAGCUGUGUAGUAACACCUGUUUGGAUGCGGUCGGAGAAACUAGGAUAUAGAUUGAGAUAUUCGAAGUGAACUACGUCUGAUGUUUUGACCGUAAAUUGGAAAGCUUUGUUCCCUAAGUGGAUAAAAAUAACGCAGAUGUAGUUUAGAAAAUGGUUUUGAUCUUUGAAAUUCAUAAAGAUUUCGUCCAUGCAAGGUGUUUGGCAGGAUAACUAGUAAUCUAAUGGGAAUAUGUAUAACGGCGUAACAUGCGACUAAGAUUUUACGCAACUAACCCAGUCGGUAGAUUAGUUAUAAUAAAUUAAUAGAUAAUUAAGUUAUAUUACUGGCGUAAAAUUUACAUUAUAUACACCGACGCAUAUAGUGACGUAAAAUUUUACAGUCUAUAGACUGUGUCAGUCACAUAUUACGCCGUUAUCUAACUACCGGAAUUUAACACUUUUGCCUGAUUUUUUUAGUUUCUAAAGUAGAAUCCGAAAGUGAAAUGUUCAGUGAAAUUCGGCCCAAUCGUGGCUCACAAAAAUAUGCGAGUUUUUUCACAUGACAAGUAGAAAACAAACUGUUCAAGGCGAGUGUUUUAUGAAUGAACGACAGCCGAAUUCAUCAGAACAUGAAGAUCGCUCGGAAUGACAGCGCCGUAAAACUCGGCAGCAGCGACUGAUGUGGCCUUCCACUCAACGCAUUGGAAAGGUUAUCAGAGCAAGCUCUUAUUUUUCAACUCGAAGGGUAGUCGAUUUAGUUCCUGAGGCUUGCUCCACCGCGAUGACCGAAGAUCGCCAUGAUGAGCCUAAAGCCGCUAAUUAGACCUCAGCAUGAUCGCAGUCGCUCUGACACCGUCAUGAUUAGUAUGAAUUUUAACAGUUAUGCCAGGUUAUAUAUUUCAUAAUUCCUGUUUUUUUCUGUUUUGUUUUUGAACGCGAAACUUUAUUUACUAUAUAAGUGUUAGCUGUAUUUGAUUUUUAUUACCGUACGUAAACUUGAAAUCUAACUGAGCGUGAAAACCUUAAAAACUCGGACUUUCCAUUUAACAAAUAGAUUCCAAGUUGCCGUGCGUCUGUUCAAUAAUAGAUCACAGAUGACGUCAAAAUCUGGUAAGAACAAAAAAGUGGCUGCGCCUCGUGUGCCACUUUUUUGUUCUUACCAGAUUUUGACGUCAUCUGUGAUCUAUUAUUGAACAGACGCACGGCAACUUGGAAUCUAUUUGUUUUAUAUAAUAAAGAACUAAAAUAUACGGAAAAAGUUUUAAUGAUGACGUCAUCUAUACGUCUGUCCUCCAAUAGAUCAUAAGUGAGAACCAAUCAGAAUGAGUGCAUAACUGAGCUUAAUAUAUAAACUCUCAUAGAGCACGCAUUAUAUCCGAACUUUAUUAUAACAUUCUGUGAAGUGUCCUUCUUCUGGUAACCAUUAAAACCUCUUCGGAAUGAAAAUAGAUAGAUGCUCUCUUUGACGAGAACUUCAAAUGAUGUGUUCAUUUUCUUGUAUUUAGGCCAAUACAUGCCAUGCCUACCAGAUUCUCCACAAAAAUGGUAUUCCUGACGAAAACAUUGUAGUGAUGAUGUAUGAUGACAUUGCCAAUAAUCCCUUGUAAGUUCACUGGAUUCCAAUGAAUGCACUAAUGUAAUUGCUCAAAUAUGUGGGAGACAUGUUUAAAAAUUUACCUUAAGUAGUCCAGGUAUGAGAACUGGCUGAGUCAUGGUGUUGUGUUCUUAGACAAGAAAUUUUACCAUUGUAAAGCCUCUCCCUAGGAGUGUAGAAGAGUACCAGUGAGAAAUAUCAGGGAAGCACCCAACAUAAGGGUGGGAGGGGGAGGGGGGACAGAAACUGCAAUGGGCUGGCAUUGCAGCCAUGGGGUGUAAGAAUUCUUCUCAUUACUUUAUGGUUAAGAAUCCAACAUAAGCUCUAGCUAGAAAGGUCCCUUGGCAAGAUGUUUUCCAAAAAUGUGAUACAUGUUCAUAUACACACACUUGGGGUGAGAGAGACAGUACUGCAGUCUAACAAAAAUUAUGAAGAUUAAUAUGUAAAUAAAGGGUGAGGUUGAGAAGAACAGGGUGAAUACUAAGUAUUGAAUUUUGUGGGACCACUUUAUUAGCCAAUCAUACAUGUACAUCAGAAGCCAAAAAUAUGAAGGACUUAUUACAAUUUUACAAUGUGCCCGUUAUAAUUGUAUGCAUGGAAAUUAAGAAAGUUGGCAUAAUCAGGAUGUUAGAUAACCAUGUUGUCUAGUCUGCAUACCACUAAUGGCACAUGACAUUACAUGGAUCAAAUUAACUGGUUUCAGCUAAGAUUUGUGUUAACUCAUGUUGCUCAUUCACUGGCUGAGAUUGUGUAGUUAUCCCUCAAUACAAGAGAAGAAGCUAAGACAAGAAAAUAUUUUUGGUAUUUUGUUCAUGAACAUCCCAUUUUUACAAAGGAAUUGAAUUAAUCAAACUAAAGUUGUCUUGUUUAUUACCAGGAAUCCAACACCUGGCAUCAUUAUAAACAAGGUUAGUUGAUUGAAUUAUAUUGUAUAUCUUUUAUUACAUGCGUACAUACAUGCAUCUUAUAUGAUUUAAAAAAAUAAUCAUCCUAAACUUUACAGAAGGCUAUAAAUUAAUUUAUUUAUGGCAUAGUAAUAUAAGAACUGUUGAUGAUUUUUGAGCUACAGUGAUUGUUAUCAUAUAUUUAUAUGUAGUGUGCUUGAAGUAGAGUUACAUGUACAUGUCCCAGUAAUUGCUCUGAGGAGCACAGGGUAUAUAAUGGUAAUAAGACUGAGUGGAGUCCAAUUCAGCAUGUAAUCAUAUGAGCGAUAAAAAAAAUCGGAUGACCAUGUAGUGGGAGUCUGAUUUGUUAAUCACAAGACAGUGUAAUUAACUAUAGAGAAUUGGAACACAAAGUUCUGUGACCUAUUAACCCAAAGUAUAGCAAAAUUCAAGAGAAAAACUAGACAUCGUAUAUGUGUACACAUACCCUAUAAGUGUCCACAUUGGGCUGGUGAUAACCAAUUACAUUCAAGAAUUUUGUUAUAGUUUUGAUUAAAUGUCAUACUGUAUCAUAAACUAAAUCACUCUUAUAUUUUUCCUUACUCAGCCAAAUGGAGACGAUGUGUACAAGGGUGUUCCAAAAGACUACACAAAGGAGGUAAAACUUUCUCAAGUCAUAUUCAAUCUUAAGUAAAUAUUGAGUAAAUUUUUCAAAAUGUAGAAUAAUUUUAAAGCUAUUGUUGGUAAUGUUCAAAACUUUUUCAGCACAAGGGUAUUUAAUGGUCAGGAGAAUUUCAUUUCAGAUAAUCUAUUUUUACAUGUGGCUAGAUGUUGUGGGUGGAUGUUGAUUACUUCUCUGGAAAUUCAUGGAACUACUUGAGGGCUGACUUUUAGACCCUAUAUUUUUAUUUUCUAUUUUAUCUCAAGUUUAUCUUCCCCCUUUGAGUAUCAUCCAUUAUUCUCUGCCCUUUUCCCCUCUGCCCUUUUGCCCUCACCUGACCAUUCACCCUUUCCCUUUAGUCAUAACCAUUCAGCCUACCCUGUAACCUCCUCAUACCUUAUUCUGAAUCCCUUACCCCCAACACCUCAGCCCUCACUUUUUCACCCCACCCAUCCUUCUAACUCUGCACUCCUCAUCACUCACCCCUCCGCCAACAGUAAAACCUCUCCAUACCAUUCUUUGCCCAUCAGCCCGCACUCCUAAACCCACUCUUCACCCCACCUAUUCUUCACACUCAGCACAAUAUAUUUCCCACUCCUCAGCCCUUACUCUCUGUUACCCCUCCCCCUCACUCUGCACUUUUCAUUCCUCACCCCACAACCCUUAGCCCACACUCUCACUUUCCCCACUUCAUUCUUUUUCCCUUUAAUCUCCCCCCCCCCCACUCCUUAUCAUCCUUUACCCUCACACUGUAGCCCUCUGCCGUCACUCAUCCAUCCUUACCCUUCUUCUUUCAGUUCUAACCUUUCCCUCUCAGCUCAAAGCCUUCAAUGCUGACCUCAUUUUAGACAUGGUGUUUGGUCAGGUAGAAAACUGCAUCUACAUGUACAUGUAGUUAAUUAUACCACUAUGACUGAUUGUACAUGUAAUUAAAUCCAACUGUUAUGUGACAGAGUAGACAUGUAUAUAUGUUGUGGUUCAAUUUAAUCCUUAGUUCAAAUUUUAUUUUCCUUUGUUUAUGGGUAUUGUAAUUAGAAUAACGAGUUUGAAACAAAAGAAAUGAAAAUUUGAACUAUGGAUAACACUGAACCAUAACAUAUACAUAUGGUUUCAAUAACUUUGUGUUACAUGUUUCUUGUUUUUUAUUCUGUUGAUAUUGAUCCCAUUGUUUAGCACGUGACACCAGAUAACUUCUUGAACAUUCUGAAGGGAAAUAAACAAGCCAUGAGUGGGAUUGGUAGUGGAAAAGUGAUUGACAGGUUUGACCAUUAAAUGCAGCAUAUUAAAUAUUGUAGCUGGUCAUUGGCCAUGAUGAUCUUCAUUUAUGGAUGGUGACUCUAAAUGUACAUAUAUAUUCGUGUAUCAAGACAAACAAAAAAAUGUUUGUUUAUUACAUAUAGCUAUUAUGAACAACUAGCUACAUUUAACACUUCUUCUGACUCAUAGGGUGAGUUAAUUGAACAAUGUUAAGCUGUUGUAUAACAAAACCAUGUCCUAAACAAUCCUCAAUUCAGCUGAACCUUUUAUCUAAACUUUUUUUUAUGUGAGCAGUAUUAACCCUUUAACUCCCAUGAGUGACCAAGACCGAAUUUCUUCUCACAAUAUCAAGACAAUAUCAACUAGAUUAUAGUGAUGAGAAUAAGGAAAAAUAUCAAUUUGGGGAUAAUUAGUUGAUCCAAUACAAAAUUCUCUGAACUAACAUUGUAAGAAUUGUAGGGUUUACGGUAAGGAGAAUUACAAAUUUGAUCAGGGAGUUAAAGGGUUAAGAGGGUUGGAAACUAACAGUGAAAGGGUAUUUAUUAAUGAAAUCAACACUCUUAUAGAUGAAGGCUUAGGCCCACUGGUUGCAUUAACCAGUGGUUUGGGUUACACCUCAUGUAAAUAAACAGCCCAUAUAGGUUUAUUUGAUAGCUUGGACUACAUGAAGAUCAAUGACCCAAUCUCAUACUAAAUGUACAGUACUUGAAGAAAUUUGCUUUUUUUUUCUUUCCCUCUCAGUGGGCCAAAUGACCAUGUUUUUGUAUAUUUCACUGAUCAUGGAGAUCGUGGAUAUGUUGUAUUUCCAAGUGGCGAGGUGAGUUUGUGAAUCAGGUAAUUGCAAAAUCCCAAAUGUAAUGCACCUUGCUUUAUUGUAUUUCCAGGUUAAAAGCCAAACUUGCAAUUUCGUUUCAUGUUUUGUUUUACUCCUCAUUGCAUGACUCUGCCAUCUGAAAGCAGAGAAAUACUAAUAAAACUGAGUAAUAUAUUCUCCAAUCAUAACUCAGAAACACAACCUUGCAUGUUAUUGAAAAGCCCAGUUGAUGCAAGAACUAUGGUGUGUUCCAACACAACUUUACAAUCAAAAUAAGUAUGUGAUUUAUUUAUGGAGAAGGGAAAUUCCACAAAGUUUGCACCAGAUCAAGAAACUAUAAUUAACUGCUGCAACAAUGCUCUGAGACAAAGUACUACUCAUCUACUGUUUCCUGAACUUGUAGGGGCAACUCAAAUGUGCUCCAUGUACGCAAGGGUGUAGCCAGACUUUUUUUUUAUGAAAACAUAUAAUUAUAUACAAUUUCUAGUUUCUCUCUCAAAUUUAUAAUAGUUUUGAUCAAAAGGGGGGGUCACAAUGUGUCAAUUAGAGGUUACUCACCAGAUUUUCACGUCAACCUCCACACUGUGUUUGACUAAAUGUGACAAAAAAAGUUUGAUUUAAAAUAGGGGGUUGGAGGGCACUGACACCCCUGGACCCAGUACCUCCCCUUGCUAUGCCCUUAAUGUAUAUCUGCACCUUUCAAUUAUGCAGCAAAAAGUUGUUAUACAUGUUGCUGGAUGCCUGAAUACCUACCCUUCUUAACCCCUCAACGCCCAAGAUCUCAUCAGUAAUACCCUUACUCCUUACUGUCUGUCAAACAAUUCUUAUGAUGCUAGCUCAGAAUUUGGCACUGGGUCAACAAGAAAAUCCUCAAACUUAUAUUUUUCUUUAUUCUCAUCACCUGUCUGAUUGAUGUUGUAUUGAUAUUGAAAGGAGAAUUCUGUCUUGGUCACUUAUGGCCAAUGCUAAAAAGGGUAGAGGUCCAAAUUGUUUCCAUGCACAGAUUCUGUGGAUUUUGAUCUUAGUGAACAUAUUAAUUUUUUUAAUUUUUUUCUUCAGUUGAUGGCACAUGACUUAAUAGCUGCCCUGGAUGAGAUGUAUGAAAACAAGAAAUUCAGCAAGGUAUGACAAAUGCUAGUCAUAUAAACCAAAGAUUCAGUAGUUUAUUUAAGAUUCAAUGUACUAUUUACAAGUGUAUGAUGAUGUUAAUGAUUCACCUUGCAUCCUGUUGUGUAGUCUCAUGUACUGUAAGUUUGGCUUUCAUGUGUAAUAGUUGUCACUGAAGGUUAAGGCUGGGCAGUGAACAUGUGAUGUUCUAGGAUCACCUUGACAGAGAUGUUAACGAUAGUUACUAGUACUCAUAAAAGAUUUUACAUUUUUAAUCACUUCAAUCCAACAAUUUUUAAAAAAUAUGUAUACAAUUAUAUGGUUUGUACACAAGAGGAAUAGUCGAUUGGGUAGUCCGAUUGAAAGUAGUCCACAAAAGAACUAUUGUUGGUUGUCAUAACUGAUGUUGCAACAAUAUUAUGGGAAGCUACCAUCAGAGUUAAGUAAGAGUUAUUUUGUCAGUCGAUUGAUGUUAAGUCUGGUUCAGGAAAAGUGAUUGGUCAGUUUAGCCAUGAUUUCAUUGGCUGUAAGACUAAUAUAGCAGAAGUUGGUAGUGAUUGGUUAGUUUCAAUUCUUUGGUAAUGUUCAGUCACCAUGUUCAAUUCUAUUGUGAACACGAUGACAACUACAAUGUAUUCUUACUUGAAGAUUAGACUACACAAUCAGAUAUAUGGUUGGUACGUGCAAAAGUAAGAUCAAAUAAGACAGCUUGAAAAUAUCUGACAGGAGGUCUGGCACUUUUUUCCCUCAGUUGGUGUUCUACCUUGAAGCUUGUUACUCAGGGUCCAUGUUUCACAAGAAGCUCAAGACCAACACAGACAGUAUGUGUGCCUUCUAUUUCGUAGGCAAAAUGCAUUUUGCAGAAAACUUUUUAUCAUAGAGAAAAUUUAAACUAACAAGAAAAUAAAUGAAGUUUUGUUAAUAUGAGGUUCCUGUUGGAGUCAUUGGUGGAAACCUCAUUUUUGAAACACUAUACUUAUUGAUGAAUGUGAUUGUCGGGAUCUUUUUUUUUCUAGUCUAUGCGACUACUUCUGCCAAUCCUGGUGAACCUUCCUAUGCUUGCUACUACGACAAGAAAAGGCGAACUUACCUUGGGGAUUAUUACUCUGCGAAGUGGAUGGGAAACUCUGAUGCGGUAUGUGAGAUACCUUACUUCUCUUUUUUUUCUAAUUUUUGCAAUGCUGAGUUCUUUCAAAAAGUCAUUCGUUCUUUUAGUAAUGGUAAUUCCGGACCAUGGAUUAGUAGAUGAACUAGUGAACUAGUAUCUGUUUGACUUCAUAUCGAUUUGCAGGUUGAUCUAACUAAGGAGACACUCAUGAAGCAAUUCCAAAUUGUGAAAGAAGAGAUGAACACCAGUCAUGCGAUGCAGUAUGGAGACAUGGUAUAUUUAUUUUAUAUUAAAUGAAUACGAUUGUUGAUAUUCGCGGUGGUCAAUUGGUUAGCGCGGUGAAAGACUCAGUUGACUCCUAAUUGGAAGAUCCGAGUUCCAGAUCUGGCUGGGGUACUUUUUAAUGUUCCAGGGCAAGACUGUACUUAUAAACCGCCCCUCUCCUCCACCCCAGGUUGACACUGGGUUGUGUCAGGACAACUAAAUCACUAGAAUUUAAAGUCCAAGAGAAAUAGCAGUUCUUCUCGUGGCUUUAUGCAAUGAAACUGGGGUAAGUGCCAAUUAUGUCGAAAAAAGGGAAUUCCUUUAUAAACGUUAAGGAAGGUUGAUUCUGCACUCGAGCCAAGUGCCCCAUCUAGCUAGAGUUUAUCGCGGUUUCUUUCACAUGAAGCGACUAGGAGUAUUUUACUCUCUACUCUCCCUGGGUGUGAUGCCUAGCCCCCCGACCCCCUACCCCGUCAUCUUUCCCUGACUAUUCACCAGUACCUAUUUAUACUCCUGGGUGGAGAGAGGCAUGGUGAGAGUAAGGUGUCUUCUCUAAGAACACAAGACAAUGACCCGCCUACGUCUCGAACCUGCUAAAUAGUAAUACAAUUCAAUCAAUAAGAGCAUUUCCUCUGUAAGAGAGGAAAGAAAUAUAAUAAUAAACUUAGCACAUAGCUUCUCCAGGGUGGAAUUCUCAGGCCCUUCCAGAAAAUGUGCGCUCAUUCUAGCUCUGUUCAGGCUGUAAGUGAUAAAGAUGCAUCUAUACAUGUGUACAUGCCUUUUGACAGUAAGAUGAAGCUAACAUGAUUAAGCGCAUGUUUUCUGUGACAGGAUUUUGUUAAUGAUGACCUGGACGACUUCCAAGGUGACGGCAUGGGAAGUGUUUCCGGAAAAUCUCCGGAGGAGUAUCGUGGGGAACAAAUUGUAAGAGCUACUUGUAGUUAAGCCACUCUACUAAAUACUGUUCUGUUCAUUGGUAUUGCAGGUUGGGUUUUACUUCAUGCAAAUGAUUCCCUUUUUUUCUGCUGGCUCAGCCUUACCGGGGCGCUGUAAUUGAAGUCUCUUUUGUAAAACAUUCGAAUGUUGGAUACGUUUGCGAGCGCAAGAGCGUAUUAGAUGGUGUCUUUUGUCAAGAAAUCCCAAAUGAAUCAGAUAUUAUUUAGGGAAGGAGGGGAUAAGUUUUUCAAUAAAAAAAAAAACACACGGGAAAUACUGUAUUUUAAACUAAAGUUAACAUCGCUGUCAGUUAUGCAAGCGCGAUGAACGUGUAUGGCAUGCUGAGGCGGGGAAUAAGGUCAUUUGAAGAAGCUUCAAGAAAUACUCAAAUCUGCAUGGAUAUUAAAGAUUAAUAUAGAGUAAAACAUUGGAGAGCGUUGAUGGCGCGCUCUGAUUGGCUACUCGAACUCCGAAUAUCCUUUGUCAGUAUAGAUAUAAUAAAACAGUGGAUAGCGUCGAAGGCGCGCUCUGAUUGGCUACUCGAACUCCGAAUGUCCUUCGCUAUUCACCCCCGAGCAACUCACUCGGGAUUUGCGUCCGAAACUGUUGUGAUCGUUUCAGGAAUAAGCGCGUUAAAAUCAUCUUUUGUGCUGUUAUAUCACUGUUUUAGUAUAUAAUUAAACAACUGUUCACCCCAGUGUCGGGACUAAACGGGUUGCAAACGACGAACUAAAGGAAGUACGCUUUUUCAAGAUCCUGCCUUCUUUACAGGUCUGUUAAUUUGGAACAGGCGAACAACUCUAAUUAAGAAUUUCACAAAAGGAAUAACUCUAACUUGUUGAGUUACAUUUAUUUGCAGACCGAUGCCAUUCCUUCACCAGAUGUCGAGCUGAAUAUCCUUCACCAUCGCCUAAAGGAUAGCGCGAGCCUGGCCGAAAGACAAGAAAUCGCUCGUGAAAUCGAAGAGUUGCUUGAGGUAGAAUAUGACUGUUGUUGUUGUUGUUGUUUUUUUUUUAAUAACUGUCUUAAAUGUUUCUUUUGACUUGACUAUCCUUAUAAACUCCAAAAUCGUUCUAGUGUAUUUUUUAGAGAUGACGUCAGGGUUUUCACGAGUUAUCAGCAUGUAAGAUAGAAAUAGAACUAUUUUCCUGGAAUUUUGGGAUGACCCUUGACAUCAGCCUCACCGUCUACUUUACUCUGCUGUAAGGAAAAUUCUUCCUACGCAGAGGCCCAUAAUCGGGUCGCACUCAAAGAUUUUGAUGGAAAGAGGAAGUUUGAUGUUUCAGUGUGUAAGAGCGUUUAGUUUAGUGUGCAGCAGAACAGCAGUGCUACUCCCAAACGCAAAAAUUCUCGUGUUGCUUAUCCAAAUAGAUCAGGCUCCACACACUAACAAUGGUUUAACUCAUGACCACAUGACGUCACUUUAUCUCUCGACCCAGUUCUCUGACUGAAAUUAGAAUGAAACGUAGGCUUGCAGCAAUAGACAGUUAAUAUGAAAUAUCGCGAUUUAAAUGAUUGGACUUGGGUAUGGUAUGCCAAAUUUAAAAUAAAAAUCAAGGAAACACUAAAAAAAGUAUUUUUCAUAGUUAAAGCACUUUCAGUAAACUGUAAACUUUGAGUUGUUCGUUUCGCUUGUUCAAAAAACAGCGGGAGGAAGGUGUCAGAAAAACAAUGGAAUCGAUUGUGGAGCAGUGUACUUCCUCUGAGGAGCAGAAGACUCGGGUCCUGAAGACUCGUGCUGAUCCGGAAGAUUUUGACUGUUAUAAGCAGGCUGUCAAAACUCUCUCAAAGACCUGUUACAAUCUGGGACAGGUAAUGAAGACCCCCCCCCCCUCCUGUUUAGAGGUGUUCUAAUGAUAUAAUUCCGAAAACUCUACUUUAAGACACAUGGCUAUCACUGUAACAGCCAGUGCCAAAUAAAAUCUCACCCCUAAUGGCUAACUGUGUAACAAGUAUCGUCACUGUUAGUUGAAAUUUAGAAGAAAAAAAAUAGAAUGCUGUCCCUGCCUUCUUAGCCUCUUUUCAUACUCAUGAUGCGGUUUUUAAACUUCUCAGAAUGACUACGCCCUGCGUCACGUGUAUGCCCUCUCUAACUUGUGCGAAGAAAACAUUCCAACUGAAAUGUGAGUAUGGUCUUAUACAUUUGCUUUCAAUUUCUUUAUAGUAACGCUAUCUUAAUUUGCAAUUUACUUUUAGUUUCCAACAAAGUAUAAAGCAGUUAGGAAACUGAUGAAUCUUUCAAAAAAAAACCUUCAUACCUAACGACGUAAAAUUUUCCUGCAGGGGGCUGGAUGGGUGUUUCCAUAGAGGCAUUUUAUUGGACUUUUGAGUGGAGGAUUUAUCGUUAUCAUAGCCACAAAGGGUAGUAGUAAGGUAUCUCAGGGUCCCUCCCCUCCCCUCUUAUCCCUCCCUGUCAUCCUCAUUCAUUGCGUGACAGUUGCUACUGUAACGACUCCAACCAAGACAAAAAAGAAGCGAAGAAGAACAAACCAGAAUUGUUUUCUGGAGUUUCAGCGCCUCACCAAUGGGACCAAUCCUUGGGAAAAAAUUAAAACGAAACGAAACGAAACGAAAUGAAACAAAACCUGACACCAAAUCAACUAAACUACGAAAACAAAAUGGAAAUGAAACCGCUCAGUCUAGGUCUUCGACAGCAACAGUCAAAUCAGAGCAAAGAUAGCUUUGGGUUGCUUCUCUUUUCCUUUCUUUUUUUUAUCUCCAAAUAGACACAUUAUGCUAGUGAAUUACUCUUGUUAACUUUCGCCAUGAUUUUACUCCCAACAGGAUUGUAUCUGCAAUCAUGAAAGAGUGUGCUAGAACCGAUUAGAAAGGAACAUCCUCUUUCUUCGGAUUUUUAGUGUUUGCAUGGCUUAAGGCUUUUAGUUACCUUCAUAAGUUUAAAACAUUUUUUAAAUUGUACAAUUCUAUCUCACGCAAGCUAACAAUUGAGCUUAACUCAGGGAUAAAUACAAUAACUCUGUAUCGUGUUUUGAUGGAUCUUAAAAGUGCUAGCGAUAUAACAUUGUAAUUCCGCCUUCUUGGCAGUAAAAAUGAAAUGUAAAAAACCGAUAGAUUUAUGUUUGCUUCGAAAGUACCACUGCCUUGCGUUAAGCAAUAAUACACGAAUCAUUAAUUUUUUCUUUUUCGGUUCAUCAGUGUUUUUUAGGA